AUGUCUCCUUUUUCUGCUCUGUAUGGAUAUGCACCUCCACAUCUAGCUUUUCCUGUGGAAGUUACUUCAUCAGUAGCUGCUGUUGAAAGUUACUUGAGGGACAGGGAUGCAAUGCUGGAUCUUCUCAAGGAGUCUCGUCAUAAAUCUCAGGAAUGGAUGAAGUUUUUUGAUGAUAAGAAGAGAUCUGACAGGUCAUUUGAAGUGGGUGACCAAGUUUUUCUCAAGUUACAGCCAUACAGGCAAUCUUCUAUGGCUGUAAGGAGCAACUUCAAACUCUCAACAAGAUAUUAUGACCCAUUCCAGGUGACUCAAAAAAUUGGAUCAGUUGCUUACAGAUUAGCUCUCCCUGCAGCCUCCAAAAUACAUCCAGUUUUCCAUGUGUCUCAGCUCAAGAAUAAACUGGGAACAACUGCCAUCACUGUCCCAUCCCUGCCACUCACAGAUGAAGAAGGUGAAAUUGUCUUGAUUCCAAUUGCUGCAUCGGAUUAUCAUCAGGAUUAUCGUCAAGGCAGAGCAGUCCAACAAGUUCUUAUUCAAUGGUCUCAUACAACACCAGAUGAUGCUACAUGGGAAGAUGUUGCCAAUGUUCAAGCUUAUUUCCUUAAGUUUAAUCUUUGA